AUGGUGUCAGUGCGGGCGCGGGGGGCAGCGGCCAAGGAGGUCCGGCGGCAGCACCAGCGGCAGCACCACUCGGCGGAGGACCGCUGCCCGGCGCCCGGCCGCUCGGGCUCAGCGGCCUGGAGGCCGCCGCGCAGGCCGGGCCUGAGGCCCGGGGAGGGAUGCGCCGGGCGUCGCCUCCGGUCCGCGGCCGCCGCCUGGAGCCCCGGCGGAGCUGAGGGAGGCGACGCCGAAGCGCUGGCUCGCAGCGGCCGCGGCUGCAGCCCGGGCGGCGGGCUAGGGCGCUCGCCCGGCCUCUGGGCCGACCGCGUCCCCGCGCCCCCGCGCCCGGCUCCCGGCCCGCCCCCGCCGCCCGGCCCCGCUCCCGGGCCCCCGAUGACCUCCGAGGGCGGGCCGCCGCCGCCGCCCCCGCCGCGCCCGCCGCCGGCCCCGCUCCGCCGCGCGUGCAGCCCGGCCCCCGGCGCGCUCCAGGCCGCCCUGAUGAGCCCGCCGCCCACCGCCGCCGCCGCCGCCGCCGCCCUGGAGACAGCGUCCUCGUCGUCGUCGUCGUCGUCGUCGUCCUCGGCCUCCUGCGCCUCGGCCUCCUCCUCUGGCUCGGCCGGCGCCCCCCCGGCCUCCUGCAAGAGCGCGGGCGGCGGCGGCGGCGCGGGCGGCGGGGGCGCCAAGAAGGCGAGCUCGGGGCUGCGGCGGCCCGAGAAGCCGCCCUACUCGUACAUCGCGCUCAUCGUCAUGGCCAUCCAGAGCUCGCCCGCCAAGCGCCUGACGCUCAGCGAGAUCUACCAGUUCCUGCAGGCGCGCUUCCCCUUCUUCCGCGGCGCCUACCAGGGCUGGAAGAACUCCGUGCGCCACAACCUCUCGCUCAACGAGUGCUUCAUCAAGCUGCCCAAGGGCCUCGGGCGGCCGGGCAAGGGCCACUACUGGACCAUCGACCCUGCCAGCGAGUUCAUGUUCGAGGAGGGCUCGUUCCGCCGCCGGCCGCGCGGCUUCAGGCGGAAGUGCCAGGCGCUCAAGCCCAUGUACCACCGCGUGGUGAGCGGCCUGGGCUUCGGGGCCUCGCUGCUGCCCCAGGGCUUCGACUUCCAGGCGCCCCCGUCGGCGCCGCUCGCCUGCCACGGGCAGGGCGGCUACGGUGGCCUCGACAUGAUGCCCGCGGGCUACGACGCGGGCGCCGGCGCCCCAGGCCACGCGCACCCACACCACCACCACCACCACCACGUCCCGCACAUGUCGCCCAACCCGGGCUCCACCUACAUGGCCAGCUGCCCCGUGCCCGCCGGGCCCGGGGGCGUCGGCGCGGCCGGGGGCGGCGGCGGCGGCGGCGGGGACUACGGCCCGGACAGCAGCAGCAGCCCGGUGCCCUCGUCCCCGGCCAUGGCGAGCGCCAUCGAGUGCCACUCGCCCUACACGAGCCCCGCGGCACACUGGAGCUCGCCCGGUGCCUCGCCUUACCUCAAGCAGCCGCCCACCCUGACGCCCGGCAGCAACCCAGCGGCCCCAGCGGGCCUGCACACCAGCAUGUCCUCCUACUCGCUGGAGCAGAGCUACCUGCACCAGAACGCCCGCGAGGACCUCUCAGUGGGGCUGCCUCGAUACCAGCACCACUCCACACCCGUGUGCGACAGGAAGGACUUCGUCCUCAACUUCAACGGCAUUUCCUCCUUCCACCCCUCUGCUAGCGGGCCUUACUACCACCACCACCACCACCAGAGCGUCUGUCAGGACAUCAAGCCCUGUGUCAUGUGAAUGGGGCACCAGGCCCUCUGUCCCCCAGGGGCGAUGGCUGAGGUGGACUCGGGCGGCCGCCGUAGCAGGAAGUGGCACACCGGUCCCUUCGCCAGAACCCCCCCGCGAGCGCUGUGCACAUCUGUCUACCGUUGGUGGAAAGACAGCGCCUGGCAGAAUAAUGCCCAAGACGCGCAGGCUCCCAGCGAGGGGCGGACGCCGCUUCUGAGCAGAGAUGGCGAGAACUUACCACGAGGAAAACAAGCAUGGACUCUGGGAUCUUCACUGCCUUCAGAAAUCAGGGUCUGUGUGUGUUUUCCUUUGUCUAUGGAAAAUGCAUGUGCUUUUCCCGAAGGCAGUGCUGAGCGCAGGAUUUCAAGAAAGCCUCAUCUUGCUCCGUAGCUAAGCGGGAGAGUUGUGUUUUGCAACAAACACUACCUUUGGAUACAGGUGCCAAAGAACGUUCUCAAGAAAGUAUUUAGCAACAACGUGUCUAGUUUAAGAACAUGGUUUUCGGUAUCAUGACAAUACGACAUUUUUUUAACAAGGUUGUUUUGUACCACAUUUUAAAGCUAUUUCUAUGAUUGUCGUGUAUACUCACACUUUGCUUGUAUUUUAAAAGGAGGAUAUAUUUGCACUUACGUAUACUUUUACAG